UGUGAAAACUAAUUUCAUUUUCUGUAUUUAUCAAUAAUUUCGAAAUUAUUUAUUUAUUUGUGUGAUUUAUUAAUUACAUUGUUAUUAUGAAGUAAAUACUCUUAGCCUAAUAGUUUAAAUGAAAAAAGUCUUUCGUUUAAUGUUUAUUAAUGGUAAUCGAAAAUCGAAGUGUAAAAUCACAUUGAUUACUAAAAAUGGGGGGCAAAGCUGAGAAAGGCACGCCUAAAUACAUAGCCAAUAAAAUAAAAGCAAAAGGCUUACAAAAACUACGAUGGUAUUGUCAAAUGUGCCAGAAACAGUGUCGAGAUGAGAAUGGCUUCAAAUGCCAUACUAUGUCGGAAUCACAUCAAAGACAGCUGCUAUUAUUCGCCGAUAAUGCUUCUAAGUACAUAGACCAAUUCUCAAAGGAGUUCUCUGAUGGUUAUUUGGAGUUAUUGAAGAGACAGUUUGGCACAAAGAGAGUGAAUGCUAAUAAAGUGUAUCAGGAUUAUAUUUCUAAUAGAGACCACCUCCACAUGAAUGCAACUCAAUGGGAAACACUCACGGAAUUUGUUAAAUGGCUCGGACGAGAAGGUAAAUGUGUGGUUGACGAGACGGAGAAGGGCUGGUUCGUGGCAUACAUUGACCGAGAUCCGGCUGCUGUUGCUGCUCAAGAGGCUAAGGCCAAGAAGGAGAAGAUGGAUAAAGAUGAUCAGGAAAGAAUGUUAGAGUUUAUAGAGAAGCAAGUGGAAAGAGGAAAGAAGGGUACCUCCAGCAAUGAAACAGAAUACACAGAGUUCAAACGAGAGAGCAGUCAGGAACGAAUAACGCUGAGCUUGAAGAGGAAAGUUGAUGACAAAAAACCGGAGUCACUCUCAUCAUCAGCUCUGAAACUGUCGAAGGUAAAAGAAGAAUCCUCCAGUAAAAGGCAGAAGGCAGAAGAGAACAGAAGUAAGCAGUCGGCGCUGGAUGAGAUUAUGCAGAUGCAGGAGCGUGCGAAAGAGAAAGCGAAUAGAAAGGACUAUUGGCUAACUGAAGGGAUUAUCAUAAAAAUUGUGACUAAAUCACUCGGUGAUAAGUUCUACAAACGGAAGGCGGUCGUUGAACGGGUGGUGGAUAAGUACGCAGCACAAGUGAAGCUGAUCGACGAAGGUGUCAAACUAAAGUUGGAUCAGAACCACAUGGAAACUGUAAUACCGUCUCAAGGGCGAGCGGUCCGGUUUGUUAACGGUGCGUACCGCGGACACGCAGGCCUUCUGAGGGACAUCGACACUGACAAUUACUGCUGUGACGUUGAGAUUUCGGAAGGACCGCUGACAGGACGUAUCGUGAAAGGUGUUCAAUAUGAAGACAUAAGCAAGAUGGCGUUAUGACACCGCUCUGAAUUUCAGUAAUUUCAGCAAGAGACAGUUUACACUGUCUGUUGAUAUAGAUUGUUCAUUGAAGGGAGUCAAGAAGUACCCAGAGCCGUGUAAAUAAAGAAUUCAAGGGAGUAAACAAGUACCCAGAGCCGUGAAAAUAAAAAGAAAAUACUUCGCGCAAACCUAGAAACCUUC